UUUAAUUUAAAGAAAUUUUCUCUGUUCAUUGCUUCAGCUACACCACUUCAUAAUUUGAAUUUGGCGCGGGUUAUUUCACGCAGUGUUCAGCAGAGGGAGUAUGCAUACGGUGUCACGAAAAUGAUAGUUAAGUGUCACAACAUUAAUAGUCAUGACUUUCCUGUCACGUGUAAAUAUAUCAACAUGUACGUGAAAUACAGAUAUAUAUGUACCUAGAAUAAAAGAUCUGGUAAAAAAGAAGAAAAAUCAGCAUGUUUCCGUUGCGACAAAUACUUCGAUGUGGAACGCGACUGGUUCUUACGAGAGAACCUAUAAAUUCAUGUCAGAUUCCAUUGAUUUUGAAAGAUAAACUUGAUGUCAGUCUACACAAGCCAAUUUUUAUACGGAUGAACACGAAUCUUAGUGAAUUAUCGAAAGAAAACAAGGAAGAAGAUCCUAACAAACAUAUCCUCGGCAAAGUUGUAGGAAAACUAAAGGUGAUGUUUACAUGUAAAAAAUGUAACUAUCGAAAUGGGAAAAUUAUAUCGAAACUAGCAUACGAAAAAGGAGUAGUUAUAAUUCGUUGUGACGGCUGCAAGAAUAAUCACUUAAUUGCUGAUAAUCUUGGGUGGUUCGAGGAAUUAAAGAACAAAAGGAAUAUCGAAAAAAUAUUGGCGGCGAAAGGAGAGACCGUACGAAAAAUCCAAAAUGAUUUUGAUGGAUAUCUCGAGGCUGUCGCUAAAGAGGAAUAUGAUUUGAUUCUACAUAAUAAAAAAAUAGAACAGCGUUUAAUGGAAGAGGAAAAAGAAACACACGAUCAAAAUAAGAAGGUUAAAUCUACAGAAGAAUCGUAGGAAAUGUUGUUCAGGAAGCAGAGUUUUUAUUUUGACAAAAUAGACAUAAAUAUAUCUAAAUAAAUGUAAAUACUUCUAAAUUUAUUGUAGACUAUGUGUAUUUUUAAUGCUAUGUUAUAAUUAUGAAGAAACAAUAAUAUCCAAAGUUUGGUUGA